AAACGACGACGUUUAAAUGUUCCAAUUUUUUCACGCUCCUCAUAGUACAAAUACGAUCUUUUCUUACUUCCUUUCCAAGCACAGAAGAUUCUUCCGGUCUCAUCGAUAGCGAAACCUAAACACUCCAAGGUUCAUCGUUCAUUCAAUUCAACCAAUACCAGAUUCAGAUUUAUCUAUGGCAACUGAAGCAAAGGCCGUGACCGAGGAUGUCAAGAUCGAUCUAUUCGAAGACGAUGAUGAAUUUGAAGAGUUUGAAAUCAACGAAGAGUGGGAUGACAUGGAGGAAGGGAAAGAAGUAACUCAACAAUGGGAGGAUGAUUGGGAUGAUGAUGAUGUUAGCGAUGAUUUCUCUGUUCAGCUGAGAAGGGAGUUGGAGAAGACCACUGAUAAGAAUUAAACCACCUGCUGGCUAUUUUUGUUUGAUAUGAGUCAUAUGACAUGUGUAAUGAGUUACAACUUAGGUAUUUGAGACUUUGAGCUCGGUGUGUUUUCUUACCUACAAAGAAAUUAAACUAUGCCUUGUUAUGAAGGAAAUGUUACUAAAACAGCUGCGUAGAAGUUAUUGAGUACUUGUUUUUUAACUGAGUUCUGUGAUUCUAUAUGAUUAGUUGGCAUCUAGCUUUAUGUUUGGCUCACAAUCUCAAUUUUAUUCUGUUUCAUUAA